CCGAAAAUCACUCCUUUUCCAAUCAGGAGAGCACGGCUCAUUGACGUGAAGACUUUCCAUUAUUCCGGCGAGGUGCCGGAGACGUUGUUGAGUUCUUCGUCCUCUCUAGACCCGAGAUGGUAUCACCAAACGGAGGAACAGAACAGUAGGCAUCAAAGCUAAGUAACGCUGACCAACUUCAGCACUCACGACGAGACGAGUCAGACGACGUCGCCUAUAUAAACAAGCUAGCCUGCACGUCCGUUGAACGUCAAAGUAGCGCCCUGCAGUGCAAAAGCCAAGAAACAAGUAGCGCAGAGACUAUGGCUGGCAUGGGCGAGCGCCUCGUGAUCGGCGCCCUGCUGGCCGCCGCCUUCCUGGCGGCACCGGCGGCGGGCACCACGCUGACCCUGCACAACCUGUGCCCGUACCCCGUGUGGCCGCUGGUGACCCCGAACACGGGCUUCCCCUCCAUCUGCGGCAACGACAUCCGCCUCGAGGGCAACGGCCACGGGCUCGUCUCCUUCCCCUUCCCGGCGACCUUCUGGUCCGGGCAGUUGGUGGCGCGCACCGGCUGCGCGCCCCCGCCGCGCUGCGAGACGGGGAGCAAGCGGCCCGCGGGCGUGGUGCAGCUGACCGUGCACUCGGCCGAGGGCGCGCCGCGGCCGGACCUGGCGGUGUACAGCGUGAGCCUGGUGGGCGGGUUCAACGUCCCGGUGGUGGUGAGCCCGCAGGUCAUCGGCGGCGACGGGCCGUGCCCGGCCCUGGGGUGCGCGGCGGACCUCAACGCCGGGUGCCCGCCGGCGCAGCGCGUGGUGGGCGCGGGCGGCCGCGUCGUCGCGUGCAAUGGGCCGCCCGGGUACUUCAAGCAGCGGUGCCCGCUGACGCGAACGACGCCAGUCGACAGGGAGCCCGUGGAGCAGCACUGCUACGCGCCCGGCGAGCUCAAGGUCGUCUUCUGCCAGCCAGCAAUGGUCGACGUCGACGCCGACGCGGCCGCACAGCCGGAUGUUGUCGUCGCCGAGAACUAGGUAGCCGGCCAUUAACGAGUGAUGUUGAGACACGUAUAAGGUGUAGUGAAAAUAAGGAUGGCACGUAUCAUGUGUGCCGCCCGGACGUGUGCCCCUGAGAUGCAUAUGAUAUCGUCGUAAUGGAAUCGUCAAUGAUCCGUUAUUAUCGUACACACCCGUUCUUCGCGUGCAUGUUUGUGGACAAGUAGCGCUGCGCUCCACCGUUGUACACUUGUGAGCGUUCGAGCUACUAUGUGGAGUGAAA